AUGGAGGCUUCACCUUUGAUCAGAGCUCAUGACCAUGCGCGAGCCGCGUCAGAAGCCACACAUGCUUCCAACUCAACUGUCGCGGUAAACGAGCAUACCCGAGCUGCAGGCGAGUUCGCGAAUGCCGCAAAAACAACCACGAGUGUCGAAGCCUUGAGGACCCUGAAGCUUCUCGAGCAGCAUCAUCAACGGUUAUCCGAGUUGCUCAGAGCACCGUUGGAACAGAACAAGUCACAACAAGCUACUGAAAAUGCGUCACGGGCCGCAGGUGAGAAGGGAGACGCAAUACCAGCGACGGCGGCGCUUGAGCCCUCGGACGGCGGCUCCAAGGAUGAACAGAACACUGCGACCUCUGCCGAAAAGGCCACCCAGCCCCUACCCAGUCUGCCCAAGCAACAAAGAUAUCCCACACGCGACCUCGGUGCCUCCAUAGCCAGUAAUCUAGCCUCUGCUCGCGGAAUUCCUCGCUCUAAAUAUAGAUCGCAACCUCUCAACCCGAGCGUCUCCAAUACUGAAGUCCCGGGCAACCUUGCCCUCACCCCAGAAAGAUCUAGCUCCGGUUCAAAAUCAAAGAUGCAGAGCAUGAUUGACGGCCCCGACAGACCCAGCCCUUCCUCUCCUGGUAAGAUCAGUAGACAAGGAAGUCUCGAACAACGGGCAAGUGAAAUCGAUAAGGCCAUUUCCAAGUCGCCCGAGAGUAAUGCCACCUCCAACGACAGCGGCUUCUCUAACUUUUACAGCGCCUUUGGGAGUAUCAUCAAUAGAAUAUCCGCACCACUUGCCUUUGCCGGACUGCCACUCAUCAACGAGGACCUGACAGAAGAGCCAGCAUCCGAGCCAACGCCUGCUCCAGAGCCACAGGUACAGCGAAGGCUUAGGCAUAAGGCGUCAGCAACUGUGUCUGUGGAACCGAACCUGAAUAAAAUCAUUUCCAAGGCCGCUAUGAAUGCGCUGAACCGGGAUGGUCGCUUCGCUACUGACUCUUUCUACGUUGUGCCAACGAGCGGGCACACGGCAUCGUACGCCAGCAUCUUAACAUAUGCCGACAAGGAAAAGCGCCGCCUAGAAGCGUCAGUUCAUAGCGAGCUCAGCAACGUCGCCGAAGAGGAUGAAGAUGACUUCGUGGAUGCCAGGGAGUCUCAGGCGCCGUCAUCCCCCGGCAUGCGAAGGAAGACGGGAAAGACCCGCUCUGAUAGAGAGCUGAACAAUGUGGUGGAAGAGUUGUAUCUCGAAAAUAAAAGCUUGAAAGAUGCGCUGGAUAAGCUGAGCAAGAGGCUUCACGCUUUCGAGUCCAUGUCACAAAACUCAGGUAUGCGGCUUGCGGAGAGCAUGCGACUGAUGCGGCCAACAUCACCUAUUGCGUCAGGGGUCACUGCUGGCGCCGGCGGAGACGACCAACUGAGGAGAAGAAACACGGAACUUGAGGUACAAGUAGGCCUAGUCACGAAACAGAUGGAAGAUAUGCAGAAAGAGAAUGCCAAACUCCGUGCAUAUCUCGAUCGGUACAGAGAGAAAUGGGACCAGCUACGAGCUGGCGCAAAAGCCCGACGAGCGGCUGCGCAUGGAAGUUCGGAAGCUACCGAAACUGCUCCUCAGUCGCCCAGUCUGACUUGA